UGUAAAUCAACCUUUAUAUUAAUUUGUCUAACCCUCAAGUUUCGGGUAUUCUUAAUAAUAGGAAGGGGGAAUUAAAAGUGGCAGAAUUAUGUAUUCUUUUAUUUGAUUAAUCUAUUAAAUAAUUUUUAGUGAACCAAAAAGAAAAAAUAAUAAGAGCACGUGUACAUAACCUAAUACAUAUUUCUAUUUCCUUUUGUUCUUAAUACAAAUCUUACGCAGGCAUGUGGGUUGAUGAGUGUGAUAGUUUUGCAGAAUUAUGCCGUGGUUAUUUACCAUAUUAUCUAUUAAUAUUUUUACCAUUAUUUAUAAUAAUCUCACCAGCUAAUCCUGUAACUGCUUCUCAUGAAUUUCCAGCCUUUCGUAUGAGUCAAUAUGACUUGCACGGUGUACCUCAUGGUUGCCGUAGUGCGUCAAUUUCUUUAGAAGCAAGAUCUCUUGCUGGUUGGACCACAUCUAGACAUUGCAUUGUUGUUAGAGCUUUAGAUCUUAAUCCAGAAACUUUUCAGUCUAUUAGACAAAAAGCCGGAGCAUUAAUUGUUGUUCUUCCAGAAAAGAUAAAUAAACUAACUCAAAAUGAGAUACAGCAUAUAAUGUCUUUAGAAGAGUCCAUGAUACAUGGUCCAGAGACUCCAAUUCCUGUAUACUUUGUUCAGUGGAAUUCAGAGCUUCAAAUAAUUUUACAAGAUAUAGAGCAUAGUUUUAUUGCUGAUGAUAAAACUAGAUCUGCAGCAGAAGCCUUAUUUAAUUCAAUUUCUGCUAGUGGAUAUCAAGUAGUUGUUUCUACUAGUCAACCCAUUAUUAAAAAUGAUAUUAAAGUUGCAACAUUGCAAGGAAAGUUAACAGGAACUGGAGCGGAAGAUAAACUACCAACAAUUGCAUUAGUUGCUCACUAUGACAGCAAUGGUGUUGCACCAGAAUUAUCAUUUGGAGCUGAAAGUAAUGCAUCAGGAUUGGCAAUGUUACUAGAACUUGCCAGGUUAUUUUCAGUACUUUACUCUAUAGGAAGAUCGCGACCACGACAUAAUUUAAUUUUUAUUGUAACUGGAGCAGGAAAGCUUAAUUUUCAAGGAAGCAAAAAAUGGUUGGAAGAUCAACUUGAUGGACUCGAAGGAUCUGUUAUACAAGAUGCUUCUUAUGUUAUAUGCUUGGAUUCAGUUUCAUCAAGCAACGAUUUAUAUGUACAUGUAUCCAAGCCCCCUAAAGAAUCAUCCCCUGGUGGUCUAAUUUACAAGGAACUUAAAGCUGUCUCUGAUAGUUUUGGCUACAGUAAUAUUGAGGGAGUUCAUAAGAAGAUUAAUUUAGCAGACGAGAGUUUAGCCUGGGAGCAUGAACGCUAUAGUAUUCGGAGAUUACCUGCAGCAACUCUGUCAACUCUUAAAAGUCAUGAAGAUCCAUUAAGAAAUACCAUUUUAGAUAUUGUACAAGAAGUCCAAGUCGAUAGACUUUAUAAGCAUACCAGUGUAGUGGCAGAGGCUCUUGCUAGACACAUAUACAAUAUAAGUUAUAGUAAAAUAUUUGCUGAAUCACUGAGCAUUUCCAAAGAUUCCUUAAAUAUGUGGAUGAAUUUUUUAGCAUCGCAACCUCGAGCAGGAUCGUUACUAUCUGAUAAACAAAAUAUUUUAGUCAAUACACUUAAAGAAGCAAUGCAAAAAUAUCUUGGUGAUGUUAAAGUAACUCUUCAUACUCCAGAUAAACGAGAUCCAGAGUUUGUUUUUUACGAUGUGACAAAAGCGAUGUUGAAUGUUUACAGUGUGAAACCUGCAGUAUUCGAUCUCUUUUUAACAAUAGCCAUUAUUGCAUAUUUGGGAGCAGUAUAUUUAAUAGUACACAACUUUUCACAUAUAUAUAACUUUGCUAUAAGAAUUUCAAGCAAGUCAAAGGCAUUUUAAAUUAAUACUUUUCAAUAAUAUUUCGAUCAG